CCAAAAAACAGUCCAUCUUUUCUCGAUGAUAUAGAAAACCAAACACCUAAUUCCACGUCGUCCCGGGUGAAAGUCCGACAGAUCUUUCAGGCUACAAGAUGGCCCCUCCCAAGGUUCUGGUCAUUGCCGGCUCUGAUAGCUCGGGUGGUGCAGGACUCGAGGCCGAUCAAAAGGUGUUGGCUGCUCAUGGCUGUUACGCAAUGACGGCCACUACGGCCUUGACGGCACAAAACACCCUCGGUGUACAAGAUGUCCACAUCACUCCUCCAGCCUUUGUCGGCAAACAGAUCGAUGCGUGUCUGAGUGAUGUCGGUUGUCACGCUGUCAAACUUGGUACUUUUUUGAUGGUCCUAUCUAUAUCCCUUUCCACCUCUUCCUCAUGGGGGGUUUUUUCCCUUGGAGGUGCUACUCUGACCACUUCGUACUGACCGACGAUAUUCAACAGGCAUGCUCGGAUCUGCAGGGACCAUCAAAGUGAUAGCCAAGGCAUUGGACAAACACAGAGUCAAUACGAUUGUGCUUGAUCCGGUAAGCAAUUGCAAUUGCAUUUUUACUUUUCAGAGAGAGUCUCGAAGACCACUGAUAUCACAAACCCCCCGAGUCGUACCUCCCGAAAUGUAACAGAUUGUUUUGAUCAUCAUCCCACCUCCCCGCUGUUGACAACGGAUCGAUUGUUGGUUGAUUGACAAUUCUGAAACAAAAAAAAGGUCAUGGUAUCUACCAGCGGUCACCAACUCCUCCCGGGAGACGCCAUUCGGAACCUACGAGAGUUACUCCUGCCCAUGACCACACUCUUGACACCCAACAUCCCCGAAGCGUUGCUCCUCGUCCGAGAGGCAGACUCGGACGCAGACGACAAUAUGCAGUACGGUGACGAGACUCCACCGACGCCGUUGUCCCCGACGUGUCUAGAGGACCUCAAACAGCUGGCCAAAAUGGUCCACGGUUUGGGCCCACGGGCGGUGCUCCUCAAGGGAGGGCACAUGCCCCUCACGACGUCUUACGACAGGGCGACGACCGACGAGGAGAUGGCCGUGACGGUCGACAUUCUCUACGACGGCGCCCGCUUUACCCUGGUGGAGUCCCCGUACCUGCGGUCCCGAAACACCCACGGCACGGGGUGCAGCCUGGCCAGCGCGAUCGCGGCCAACCUGGCCACCACCAAAUGGAGACAUGGGGGGACCAAACUGUUCGACCGGCGGGACACGCUGUUCGGGUCCCUCCCGGCGGCCGUCCGGUCGGCCGUCCACUACGUCUCCGUCGGCAUCCAGACCUCGCACGACGACGUCGGCGGCAGUGGCGACCGAGGUUGCGGUCCGAUCAACCACUUCCACAACGUCCACACCCUCCCGUUCUCCCGCGGUCACUUCGUCGACGACUGUCUCCUGUCGGACCCCCGGGUGGCCCCGGUGUGGGAGAGGUACACCCGUCACCCGUUCGUCACGUCGCUGGCCCGCGGUACUCUACCCGAAAAGCUCUUCAAGAAUUACCUGGUGCAGGACUACCUGUACCUCACCCACUUUGCGCGGACUCACGCCUUGGCGGCGUACAAGUCCCGCAGUAUGGACUCCAUCGUCGCGUCGGCAAACAUCAUCUUGCACAUCCGGCGAGAAAUGGACCUACACUUGAGCUAUUGUGAAGAGUUUGGUAUUCAAAAAUCCGAACUCGACCUCGACCACGACCUCGAGCUUGACCGUGACGCCGUCGUCACCCCUUCCGCCUCCCUCUCGACGUCCGGGGGACGACGACCCGCCAGACGGACCAAAAAGGAAAGUUUGGCCUGUACGGCCUACAGUCGUUACGUCCUGGACGUCGGUUCGAGUCAGGAUUGGUUGGCCAUACAGAUGGCACUGGCACCUUGCCUGCUGGGUUACGCCGAGGCGGCUCGUUUGGCCCGAGUCGACCCGGCCCGCAAGACCACCGCGCAGGGGAACCGGUACUGGAGGUGGGUGGAGAAUUACGUGGCCGAGGAUUACCUGCAGGCCGUCCGCGCCGGGAGGGACCUGAUCGAGAGACACAUGACGAAACAGUCCCCCGAGAGGAUAAACGAGUUGAUCGACAUCUUCGUGAGGGCGACCGAGAUGGAGGUCAAGUUUUGGGAUUUUGAUGCCCAUCCUGACAUCGACGAGGACGAUGAGUAAAGGACAUCUUUGGAGGAGAAUCUCUCUGUCUCUCUCUCUCUCUCUCUCUCUCUCUCUCUCUCUCUCUCUCUCUCUCUCUCUCUCUCUCUC